AAGUUGAACAUAACACACACACACACACACACUUCUGAAACCUAUGACUAUGUUUUUCUUCGGAAAUGAUAAUAAGCUUCCAACUCCAACAAAGGUUUCGGUGAAAGAACAAGUACAAGAAUAAUCCCUUCUCAUUCUAACUUCACUCUAAUACACAGAAUAAGGACUCUGCAUGCUGUUUCCGAGUUACGACCAAAACGAUGUUAUCCAAUUGUAUGACAAGUGCCAAAUUUAUAUGUCUUGAUUAUAUCAGUUCGAGAGUUUCUGAAGUUGGUCUUGCUGCAUUCUUUUACAAAACCGCAUUUGGCCAGAAGCUUUCUCCAUGUUUCUCCUUUCAUUUUGCUCAACCUUGUUUAGUUGUCGGUUUCAAGAGGACGACUUGGUCAGUGAGAAGCAGCAUAGACGACAGCAGUUUCAGUCCUUCAAACGGAACUAACGGAAGGACGCGUAUAAUUAGAGUGAUUCAAGAAUUUCAGACCACGUUAGGUUCUAAAAUUGAGAAGGUAAAGAAAAAUCUUCCAAUGAAGCUUCUUUUCUUCUUGAUUGGAUUUUAUUGUGCAACUGCCUUUUCUACUGUUAUUGGACAAACUGGUGAUUGGGAUAUUCUAUCUGCUGCCUUAGCUGUUGUUGUUGUGGAAGGCAUUGGUGCUCUCAUGUACAGUGCUUCUCUUCCUUUAUUUACCAAAAGUGUAAUAUCGGUGUUUAAUUAUUGGAAAGCUGGCCUUACAUUGGGACUUUUCUUGGAUUCAUUCAAAUAUUAAUUUGACUUUAUAUUGGAUAUGCAAUGAUACCUUCCAUGAAAAUCAAAAUUUCUCAGUGCUUUUUCAUGAGUUGGCUUUAUUACGCAGUCGAUUCAAUGAUUUUUUAUCACAAGCGAGGACAUGUGAGUUGUGUAAGGGUUAAUCAAAGGACAUUGGCACAUUCAACAACAUAGUUUCAAUGGUUCAAGUAAAUCUCCAUUGAGUUCUGUUCAAUUUGAGAAAUCAUCUCCCUCAUCCCUAAGUUCCAUACUUUCAUACACUGUCUUGGCAUCAGAUCCUUGCUGGCUUUCCUUGGUGUUCAAUAUGCAGUUGUGUUGCUUGUAUAUAUGAUGGUAUUUGUUAAACUCGAGCUGCUGUUCUACUUGUGACCUAGUUUGAUACAAACCGUGCAAUUCAACUCAAAUACAGCUUCAGAUAAGAUUGUGGAUGAUCUUUACUGCAAGAAGUACAAGAUUUUUUAACAAUACGUCGGGUGCAUGUCUUCCAGGUUCCAUCAAGAACAACAUAUAGUGUCAUUUGUUGAUUCAUUUAUUUGUUUUUUCAUAUCAGUACAAGGCUUGUGAAUCUUCUGAAAAGCUGUUCAUUAUGUCUAUAUAUACUGUGAGUAAUCAAGGAAAAGAAUUUGCAUUUUAAUGUAAACUUACCAUUUUUACGUGUACGUUUGUCAA